UGUAUGCAGGGGGAGUCAAGGAGACCCCUGUUAAGCUUCUGGGCUCCUUCAACAUCAGGGAGCCUCAACCUCUCCCCAGCCGCCUCCAAGGAGCUGCCGCCUAUUGUCGGUCACCGCCUAGGCGCGGAGCUGCUCGGACUUGGCCACCGGUGAGCCCGGGGAGCCGACCGGUGAGGGCUCAAGGGAGUUGAGGGAAGUCUGAACGUGAGGAGCGGUCGCGUGCAAUGGCGUCUCUGCCUCGGUUGUCCGCGGCCAUGCGCGAGAUACAGGACCCGGGUCAGGCGAGAGCAACGCGUGUGGUGGACCCUUUUCCCUAGCAUCCGUGGCCCGGGGUGGGUGGCGCGGCCACUGAUCCCAGCCUCCAUGGAUGCGCAUUCUCCUGCGACCAUCUUCAGUGGUUCCUGCUGGGAUUUUCCUCUGAAGGACAGCUGCUCGGCGUGGACAUCGCAGGAAAGAGCUCCCUGGUACAGUGGAUCAGUCAGUGUGGAGAGCAUCACACUCAGCCUGAGGCCUUUCAUCAUGGUGGAUCCACUAUUUCAGCUUUCCUCUGCCAAUGGAUCAUCAAACUUUUGCCAGUAGCCUGAUGAGUGCAUUCUCUAAGUGCACCUGGGACAGUUUUCUACAUCUAAGCCUAUGGCUUCUAUGACUGUACUCUUAUACCAAAUCCUACACUGUAGCCUGCCCUGAAGGUUCAUCUGUGUGUGUUUUCAAACACUUGUACUUUGGGAACAUGAUGUUUUCUCAUUUACAUUUAUCCUAACAUGACUUCUCAGGAAUAUUUAAUUGCUCAUAUUGAUGAAUAGAGUGAUUUUAGGGAAGGAACAAUAAGUUUCUGGGCACUAUUUGAAAAGCAUAGCUCAUUUCUCAAAAAGAAAGUACUAUGGGCUUUCCAAUCAAGCUAAGGGAAUGCUAUCUUUAGAAUGAAGAAUUACUGAAUAUCUUCUCCUGUGUUCCAUGAGAGGCUCCUGGAAAGGGAACCUGGGCUUCUGGUCAUUUCAGGAAAGCUAAUUUACACGGUGGCAAAGGCUGUUCCCCAUGACAUCAGCAGUUUCUUCUCUGCACAAUCUAUUGUAUCCUGGAAAGCUCCUGGAAUCCCAUGAUGCCACCAGUGAUGUUGCAAUACCAGCUGCCCUUAGGCCAUUCCUUCAGUGCCUGUAGGGUACACAAUUAGAGAUGUUGUCAAGACUGAGGAGUCUACUUUGGAGAGAGAAUGGUGAUCAUCAUCCAGAAAGAAGAGAGUUGCAGAAGAGUAAACAAGAUCAAACGAAUGGCUCUGGAUAGAAACAAUGCUGCUAUGGUGCCAAAAUCCCACCCAGUGCUCCUCACCAAGAAGCAGAUGAAGCAGGAAGUGGAGAGGCUGACCACAGAACUGCAGCUGAUCACCAGCCAAAGAAAUGAGCUGCUAGAUCGCCCAACCUUCAUCAGUGAAGAUACCAUGGAAAAUAGGUGUUCAUUGUUUCAGUCUUCAUGGGACCUUCAGCAAUGUCACCCUAACCUUUUUCCUUUAAGGUUUUGGGUUCUCAGUACCGGACCUCCAGUGUGACCCAUGUCUUAAAUUCUUCUCAAGAGAGGCAGACCUGAAGCUUGAGGGGAGGGAGAUGGUGACUCUAGCUAGUCUUCUUUCUCUAAAUGAAAACCAGAGCCUGUGGUCUGAGUCACACAACUAAGGGAUUGAUAUAGUACUAUGCACUUCCUCGAUCCCUGAGUGCAUUUGGGAAGGACCUGACAGGUGGUGGCUUGGGUGGAUACUAGCUGCUGUGAGUUUGUGUGAGUCUUUGAACUUGCCUGAAAGCUGAUUGUGUACUGGAAGCUCCUGGUAGAGGCUGGAGAGACCCGUUCCCACUUUGUCCAUCUGUGUGCAUAACUAUAAGUCCUGGGGCUCAUCACAGUUUCUUUCUGGCUUUGUGUCUCAUACUCUUAGACAAUAAUGCUCCGUGAAUAAUUUCUUUAGCAUGCAAACAUGGUUCUCUCUCUCUCUCUCUCUCUCUCUCUCUUUCUCUCUCUCUCACUCUCUCUGUCUGUCUUCCUUUUUUCCCCUCUCUGCUUCCUCUCCCUAAUGUGUUUGUGAUUUUAUUUGUUUGUUUGUGUGCACGCGCACGCACAUGCAUUUUCAGGUUUUUGUGUCUAUAGAGACUCUGGGAUUCAGGGAUCUGUAAGGGACAUGAUGAUUUGCCUGCACCGAUUUCCUGGUGUUGCUAGUGCUGAGAUCAGAAAACCCCACUUUAAGCAGCAUAGCUCUUGUCCUACAUACUCCCCUUCAUGACCCCUAGGCAUCCCUUGUGGGAGUUCAUAUCACUAUCCUGUGUAAUAGUCACAGGGGACCUAGAAUCGCUGUUCCGAAGUGGGAAAAAUGUCAUUGUAAUAUUGGUGUGGCAAGACGUGUAGCAUAAAUCCCGGUAACAUAGAGAGCUACACUGAGUCUCUAAGCAUACUCAGAGAACACAUGCAACCAUGGCAUCCUCCAUCUGUGAAGCCAGCUGAUCUAGUGCCAAGAUAACAAGUUUAAAAGCACCAGGAGGUCCCUGUACAUAGGAUGCAGAAUGUGGCAUUCACUGGACUGUGGUAGACCUGGAUACAAAAUGAGUUCUCAUGAUCCUUGAAGCCUCCGUUCACAAGGUUCUUUCCUCCUGUUUCUAGGCCCUACCACAAGCCAUAUCCUUUCUAUGAAAAGCUGAAUUGGAGCAUGUACAGGUCAUGUCAGAACUAAGGACCUUGGAAGUUGAUUACACUGAGACCUCAGAGAAGUUCAGUGAGCUGACCAAGGAGACAGUUUUCUAUCACUGGCCAGCAAGCUAUUUGGAUCUUUCGUAUGUGCCUAGAGAUGUAUGAUGGUCUGUGACCCUCCACUAACAACACAGUCUUCUAAUGAACUGGAGCUCAAGAGAUUGGAGGAAAGUCUUCAGUUGCUGUGGAGGCAGAAGGAAAUGCCCAUGCAGGAAAAGGACUUGGCAGAAAAGCUACAGCAUCACUUUGAAUUCUCCCAGCUGAGGAGUCCACUUCACUACGCCUCUGCCCAUAAUCAUCCAAAUGUAGUAAGAUUGCUAUCAUCCAACGACUGUACCGAUAUUAAUAUGAAGGAUGAUGAAGGCUGCACGCCCCUAAUAAAGGCCGCCCAAUGGGACAAUGUAGAAUGCAUCUCUAUUCUACUCAUGCACGGCGCUAAUCCCAACAUUGUAGAUGACAGUGGCUAUGCUGCCCUCCACCACGCCAUUUGCAGAGGGAACUUAAGAGUUGUCAGCAAACUGCUGGAGUAUAAUGUAGAUAUGAAAGCCAAAACAAAGUGUGGGUUGACACCCUAUAAACUCGCUUUGUUUGAAAAUCAACUUGAAAUGGCGCAGUUUUUAAUUGAUAACGGUGCGGAUGCACAUUCUGAGCUUACACCAUAUAGUCCCCCUCACUCGUCAGCCCGAAGAGCAACCAGGGUUCCCUGCCCUGUGAGACGUCCAAGGACCACCCACCUCCAGCCAGGUCUAGUAAGUGGAGGAGCAGCUGCAGUAGAAUCAGAACAAUCAAUGAAAACAUGUGCCAACUCCAAAAAAGAAGAAAAUUUCAGCACUGACAUAAUGCCUUCUUGCAGUGCAGUAAGACCAGCAAGACAGCUAAAAUCCCUAUUGAAGAAGUCUUUCCUGAUUAAGAGAGCUAGUCGAAGACCAAACGAUCAGAUCUCACUCAGUGAAGGAACAAUAACAAGAGAGCCGGAGCAGAGAAAGGAAAAGUGUGUCACCUUCAACGAUGAAAUACAUUACAAUACUGAUAAGAAGCCUUUUUGCAGCGGCGUACGACCAUCUGGAGAGCUGAAAUCAAUACUUAAGAAGUCUCUUCAGAUCAGUGGAGCUAGUCGAAGACCAAACGAUCAGAUCUCACUCAGUGAAGGAACAAUAACAAGAGAGCCGGAGCAGAGAAAGGAAAAGUGUGUCACCUUCAACGAUGAAAUACAUUACAAUACUGAUAAGAAGCCUUUUUGCAGCGGCGUACGACCAUCUGGAGAGCUGAAAUCAAUACUUAAGAAGUCUCUUCAGAUCAGUGGAGAUAAUGGAAGAAAUCAAGACCAGAUCUCACUCGGGAGGAUAUUGACAACUCUUCCUCCAGGUACAGAAUCAUACAGAAACAAAUUUUGUAUUCCAAGAUGAUCGCUGCAAUGAAGAAGCGGGACCAAGAAGGUCUUAGCAAAUUAGUAAUGGACCUAAAUAGUCUGGGAGAGGCACUGCCUGAAUUCUCUAGAAAGAAAUCAUGCUUGAUGGUUGAAACAAAGAAGGGAGGUUUCCUUCCUCCAUCCAAUAUGCAUGACAUCAUGCCCCAGCCUCCUGCCCAUGCCGAUGCCACAUCAACUUCUCAUGUUAGUGAAACAGGUGACAAUCGUCAGUCAUCCGAGGAAACUACUGUUAACAACACCAGCGUUAGUGAAACAGGUGACAAUCGUCAGUCAUCCGAGGAAACUACUGUUAACAACACCAGCGUGGAUCACACACCUUCUCUAGGUGACACGUUGGACCCUCAGAAUGCUUGUAUGCGGGUUCUUGCUUCAAGUCCCGCUGAGUGCACCAGCUAUGCAGGAAAUACUCACUCCAAGUUUUUUUUAAUUUGGGCAGCAACCACAUCCUUGCUCCUCCUAACAUCGCCAGUGUGGUUGCUGCAGUUGGUGGCUUUGAUGUGGGAAUGGAAUCUAUUUUAGAAAUCCUGCACAGUUAAAGUGACAAGGAGCUUAACAAGUUUCUGCUGAACAACAUAUGAGGAGCUCCUGUCAACAAUGACAAUCUGUCAGAAAUAUUUUUUGAGGUUUUCUUUCAUUUUAUUGUUUGAAGAAUAUUUUCAGUUUACUCUUUGACAUUUUAAUGUAUGUAAUUCAGAUCACCCAUGUUGCUCAUAUCUUUCCCAUCCCUGUCCUCUGCCUCCAUCCCAUCCCCUAACUUGUCCUCAUCCCAUUUUUGUAUCAUUUAUCUUAAGGAGUAUGACUUCCAGUAGGAUCCCCCACAGCCAACUGCAUGUGGACAUUAUCAGUUGGACUAAGUGAGUUAUUAAUAUAGGGAGGGAGACAUAACAUCCAUCUUUCACCACUUUUGUGGAUAAAUUACAUAUAGUGUUUUGUUCCUUGAAUUACUGGCCAGGCAUUAAAACAUUAAAUCUUAUCUGAUUCUACAGACCUUAUUAUGCUUUCAGAACAUGUAAAGCUUGCUAAACUUUCAUUCACCUAUUUAAACAUGUACUGUACAUGCAUCCCCAGAGAGAGGACACAACUUAAGGGGAUACACAAUUCAAUAGGAAUUUGACUUUAUCUGGUGGAACAUACUGAUAAAUUCUGAAAGAUAAACAAAAAUAUUUUGCUACUUGGACUUUCUCUCUUAGUCCUUGAUCAGAGGUCUCCUAGUUGUGCGGAAUUCUAAGAAGAUUAAGGAGCUGUAAUAGAGAGUUGAAAGGAGCAAAGGGUCAAAAGUAUUUCCAAGAGGUCAAUAAAUUCAUUAUUCUGCCAUCUGAUAAAAUAUUGAAAUCAAUUUCUGCCUAGAAUGAAUUUCAUGAGAUUUCCAGAAAAUGAGAAGAGUUGCUCAUUUGUAACAAAAGAUGACAAAUAUUAGAUGCCGAGUUUGCCACAUCUUUAUGAAUACAAAUAUAGAUAUGUAUGGGUUCCUUGGCACCCUUCAACAUUCAGGAAUGAAAAAUUCCACUGAGAAUUGUUGAGGCUAAGAGGCCCAGCUAGGGCUAGAAUAUAAAAAUCAACAUGGCAUAUGUCUAUAUAAUUAAAAUACCUGGUCUUUUAAAUGAGCUCAAUAUUUUCAGAAUGCAUGAUUUUAAAACUGUGUUUUUGAGGAAGCAUGUGGAAUGUACUGCAGGGGAUGAAAGAAUACUGUAAAAUAUAUAAAAAAUAAAUUAUAAUGUAUUUCUGGUUCCCACACAUACAUAUAUAUAUAUAUAUAUAUAUAUAUAUAUAUAUAUAUUCUAGUUCCUUCUUAGUCCACCUCCUUUUUGGUAUUCUAAAAAAACUAUUAACAUGUUGUACAUUAUUUUGAAAGAUUAAAGAUAUAAGACACCUU